AUGAAAUCAUUUGCAUUCCGAAAUUGUUAUUCAUUGUCUCGAGUUUCACUUCCACUUCAUAGCAACAUCAACGAGAUCUAUGGUGGUGCAUUUGUCAACUGUCCAAAUCUUAUAUCUAUCCAAGUUGAUGAAAGUGAUGAUCGAUAUCGAUUCAGCAACGGUGCAUUCACUAACUAUGAUGAGACACGCCUCAUCGCAUUCAUCCCAUCAAAUCCAACCGACACAUACAUUGUUCCUGUUACCAUGACAACAAUUGGAAACUACGCAUUCAUGUCAUGUUCUAAUCUUGUCCGAAUCCUUUUCAGCGGGAACAGCAUCAAAGAACUUGGAACAGAAUCAUUAAAAGGCUGCAGCAAACUUUCAUUCUUGUACAUCACUAGCUCAAGCUUAACGACAAUUGGCGAGCGAGCAUUCGAAGACUCACCACAUCUUCUUAAAUGUGGAUCAAUUCGAUGCUCCAAAAGUAAGAUCAAUUUAUUCACACAACGAAACAUCCCAAUAAUAUCAUUUGAAUUAGAUUGCAAACUUAUUGUAAACACAUGUGCUCAAAAACUAUCAACUUUUUCAACAAUCUCCAUCACUCUUUUAACACCAAUUAUCAUUAUGUAA